GAGCAUGGAAUUACUUCUGUUUAGUAUUUCAUACGCUUUUCGCGUUCACAGAUCAGCCAGUUGUAAGUGAACAUGUUUAGGAGACAGUUGAGUGUAUUGCUGCUCCAUCUAAUUCACAUCAGCGUGAUGGUAGCGGACCAGAACGCCACCGGAUGCGGAUAUCGCUGUGGAAAUGGCGAGUGCAUCAGAUUGGAUCAACUGUGCGAUGGCAGUGCUCAUUGUUCGGAUGCAUCCGACGAAACGGCUGCCUUGUGCGAGAAAAUCUGGUGCCCCGGUUAUAGCUUCCGUUGUAACUACGGCGCAUGUGUGGCGAGCACGGCAGUGUGCGAUGGCCAUGUCGACUGUGUGGAUGGCUCCGAUGAGGAGAGAUGGCUGUGCAAAGCACAAAUGUUGCAGGGCAACUGUGAUAAUUGGGAAUUGCACUGCCUGGCUGGUAAUUGUGUGCCUUUUGCCAAGUUGUGCGAUGGGAAAUAUGAUUGUCUGGAUGGCGAUGAUGAAGAUGAAGCUUUGUGUGAAGGAGUGGCGUCGACCAGCACAAGCGCAUCAACAGUGACUGAACCGGAACCGGUCUCUUCAAUUAUGCUGGCGAUGCGCAAAAGGAUAUAUCCUCUUGAUAAGUCGACAGAAAGCAACAAUAGCUGUGUGGUGCCUCAGCUGGCGAAUAUCAUUGUGAGUGCCAGCGAUGGUACAGUUCUACAGUCUGGUGCAGCAGUUCUGAAUAGCACCCUUAUCUAUUUUGCCUGCCAGACGGAACAUCAGCUCAAGGGUCGGCCGAAAAAUAUUUGUCAGGCGCCCCGUUGGCUUCAUGAUUUUCCUUACUGUGAAUCACCCUCAAUGUCCACAUUCAGCGCACUCAUAGCGUUAUUUUCCUUCUUAUCAGUAAUUCUACUAGCCUGUAUCUACCGGCUUCGGAUGGCGAAUAGCCAACAAGGCGAUGAUCGAAUUCUGCUCGUAGAAGUCAAUAAACCUAGUGCGUAGUAUUUAAGAUACAACCAA